AUGGGACGAGCAGCUGGUGGAGUUACACGAUGUAUUCCAUUGAGACCGACGUUAGAAUCGGCACAAGGUGGCAUAUCGUCAAGUGCUGAUUGGACACUCGACUACGAAAAACUUGAAUCUAUGUUCAAUGAGCGUACUCGUCUCAUCAUUGUCAAUACACCAAAUAAUCCUCUAGGAAAGAAUGGUGCGUACGUGAUUCCGACGGUAACACAAGAAGUCGUCGCUCGAUGUUUUGAACAUGAAGAAAAACGGUUCAAUUUACCUGAAUGUUUUUUCAAUUCGAUUUCAACAGAAUUCAUCGACAGACGGGAUCGACUGGCAAAAGCUCUCUGUAAAUGUGGAAUGAAACCUAUUGUACCCGAUGGUGGCUAUUUUCUUGUAGCAGAUAUUAGCGGAGUCGAUUUUUAUUUAUAUACAUCAUGGUCGUACAAGAAAGUUUUUAAUCUUGCUCCACAAUUUACUGAAGCAUAUUCGAAAGAAUCAACAACAUCUGCACAAUUAAAUGAAACAUUUCAUGUAGGUGAUUAUAGUGCAUGUACAAUAAAUGAUAAAGAUUGGGAUCGUGGUGUAAUUCGUCAAUUAGAUUCAAAGGGUUUUGCAACAAUCUUUCGAAUAGAUUAUGGUGAUGUACAACGUAUUCGUGUACAAUUUCUUCGGCCAUUUAAGAUUAAUCAGUGGACGUUUCAAACAUACCGUCUGGCUCAUCAUUGUACAUUAUCAAAUAUAAUUAAACCAAUAAAUGGUUGGUCAUCAAAUGUUAUUGAUGAAUUUCGUGCACAAUUAAAUAGAUCAAAUCUUUACGCACGAUUUCUCAAUUAUAAUGAAAUAAGAGAAAUAUCAGAAGUUGAAAUAAGGGUAAAAGGAUCAACAAAAACAGUAAAUAAAGAUUUUGAACGAUAUCAAAUGGAACAAUCAGCAGUACAAAUAAAUGAUCAACAUGUUUAUCAAAAUAUUCCAAUGAAAAUAUUAGAUUGUACUCGACCAAAUGUAAUUUGUAUGCUUUAUUAUAUAAGUCCAACUCGUUUUUAUGUUUAUCUUAAAGAAAAAUUUGAUUCUCAUACAAGUUUUCAAAUCGAUUUACAAAAAUCUAUACAAAAUCUUCAUACAUUAUCAUCACCGGUGAAAUAUCAAGCAAUUGCUGUACAAAAUAAGCGUGCUUUAUGGCAUCGUGCUAUUAUAUUAGAGGUUGCACCUAAUCUAUUAAACGUCUGCGUUUAUUUUUUUGAUAUUGGUCACAUAGAAUGCAUUACAAUAAAUAAUAUUCAUCAAUUACCACAAGAAUUUCGAAGUAAACCAGCAUUUUCUAUUCCAUGUUGUUUAUAUAAUGUAUGUCCAAUUAAUGGUAAUGAACAAUCAAUAUGGAAAUUAGAUGAUAAAGUCUAUGAUGAAUUUAUUAGACUUAUGGUUAAUACGUACCGUGAAGUGUAA